CGAACCGGCUCCUGUGUUUGUUGAGAGGCAGUGCGAGAAAAAGAAAGAAAAGAUUAGAAGAGUCGAAGUUGAUGAGGAUGCCUAUCAUGCCGAUACCAUGAUCUCGGCCAAAGAGGACAUACAUAAGAUGUCAAAGUUUUCUGUGCUCAAUGUUGUUAAGAAGGGACAAUUGUUUGAGAACAAAACUUUGCUGAAGGCGACUUUCGAGAUAUGUGCAAUGAAGCAUAACUUUCACUACGAGGUUAUCAAAACGGAUAGACAACUUUGGUACGUUAGAUGUGAGGAUAAUGCAUGCAAUUGGUGUGUUCGAGCAGAGUGUUUGAAGGAUUCUGAAUAUUUCAUUAUCAAAAAGUAUGUCGGUGAACAUACAUGCGCACCUUCAAACAAAACCAAACCGGGUAGGACUGCUUCGGCCAAAACUAUAGGCAGUCUGAUUAUGCAUAGGUAUGAAGGGGUUAAGGAAGGGCCAAAAUGCAAUGAUAUAAUACAGAUUAUGCUUAUGGAUCAUGGCUGUGAGAUCACGAAAUCUUUAGCAUGGGAUGCUCGUGAAUAUGCGGUUAAUGCUGUUAGAGGUAUACCAGAGAGUAGUUAUGGAAAAAUACCGAAAUACUUGCACAUGCUCAGAGAGGCUAAUCCGGGAACACAUUCAUCGUAUGAGAUUGACAGCAAUGGGAGAUUUCGGUACCUGUUUAUUGCAUUUGGGCAAUCGCUACGAGGAUUUAACAGAGUCAUAAGGAGGGUUAUUGUGGUUGAUGGCACUUUUCUGAAGAACAAAUACAAAGGAGUUCUAUUGGUUGCAACUGCUGUAGACGGAAAUUCUAAUUUGUAUCCUCUUGCAUUCGGAGUAGUCGACUCAGAGAAUGAAAAUUCUUGGGAAUGGUUUAUGAGACAACUAAAUAGUGUCAUUGCUGAUGAUCAUCAUUUGGCUUUCAUUUCGGACAGACAUGCGGCCAUUGCUAAGGCGCUUGAGACUGUGUAUCCAACAGCUAAACAUGGUAUUUGCAUUCAUCAUUUGUUGAAUAAUGUGGUAACAUAUUACCAUGGGAAAGGACUUGUUGGGUUGGUUGCAAAGGCGUCCAAGGUUUAUAGAGUUGCUGAGUUUGAAAAGAUAUUUGCUAAUGUGUGUAAUAUCAGUCCGGCAAUUGGAAAAUACCUAAGGGAUGCUGAAGUCCAAAAGUGGGCAAGAUGUCAAUUCUCUGGAUAUAGAUAUGACAUAAGGACAACAAACCCAGCCGAAUCCAUCAACUCUGCUUUGCGUUCGCCGAGAGAGUAUCCAAUCAUUCCCUUGUUGGACAGUAUCAGAGAAAUGCUGACUCGGUGGUUUUAUAAUCGUAAGAAAAAGAUUUCAAAGCAUAAUCAUCCUCUUACCGAAGAUGUGGAGAAAAAGAUUGAAAGGAGAACCGAGAAAGGCAAAAGAUUUGCAGUUUACCCUGUCAGCGAUGGUCGCUUGCUUGUUAGAGGUGAUAAAAUCGACUGCUUAGUUAAUUUGGAUAGACGUACUUGCUCAUGUGGGAAGUACAACCUGAUGAAGAUACCUUGUCGGCACGCAAUUAAAGCUGGGUUUCAUGUUGGAAGACAGCCACACACAUUAACUGAUUUAUUUUACACUACAGAAGCUUGGCGAGAAGCUUAUCAUGAAAGCAUCAAUCCUAUUGCUGUUCCUGAGGAUGCUUGGUCCAUGCCAGAAGAUGUUGUCGUGGACAAUGUGCUACCACCAGAGUCAAGAAAAUCAGUUGGAAGGAAUAGAAAACGCAGAUAUGAAACUGUUGAAGAUAAACUUCGGUCAUCGCAAACAUCACAAAAGAGGCAGCCUCGCAAGUGUAGUAGAUGUGGUAUUAGUGGGCACAACAGAGCAACUUGUAAAAUACCAAUAUAGUCAGUCACAUAUGGUUGGUAUGUUCAAGUAUGCAAGUUGUGGUGUUUGAAAGUGCAGUGUUGCCUUGUCUCGUAUGGUUUUUUCUUCUAAAAACAAUCAACUUUGUUUAACUUUGGCUAUUUGGAUAAUUCUCAUAUGGUUAUUUUAUCAGUUUCAUUGUUAUACAUUGGUAUUAUUUUCACUUCACUUCUCUAUCUCUCUGUUUGUUUAGUUAUGUUCAGCUAUGCUUUUGAGUUCGAGUUUAAGUUUGUUUGACAAUAGCUGAUGUCUGAUUUUUCAACAAAAAAGGUGGAUUGUAAGAACAGAUCACUGAGCACAAAAUAUAAGAACCACUUGACUGGUAAAGUCGACACAAAUAUUGUAGCAACAAAACACUUAUUGAAGCCAAUACUAAGAACCAAAUGACUGGUAAAAACGAAAAAAAACACACUAACAAGAAGAUACUUAGAACCAGUAGACUGAUUUCACUCAUUCUGGCUUCUUAAUCUUCCAAAAAGCCAUAGAAUGCUUCCUAAGCAACCUAAUUCGAGUGAAUUUUUCUGCUUCCUAACUUCUUCUUCUAUUCUCUGUGUGAUACUACUUUUCAGAUCUUCAAUCUCUUCCACAAUUCUCCCUUGCUCAGCCUCUACCCUUCGAAUCUCAUCAAGCAAGGCGUCAUCAACCCACUUAAAUAAAUGAUUUUCCUUCUUUCGCUACAUAGAAACGAAAAUCAUAUUAGGAGAAGUAAAAUGGAAU